GUUCACCGACCUGUUUAUCAAUGAAAGCCGUUCCUGUGGCUGAUACCAGAGGCCUGGAUGAACAGAGCUUGUUUUUCUGAGACAAAAGAGUGACUGCAGCCAUGAAACUUCUUCUGGUGCUGCAGCUGCUCUUCUUAGCUGGCUGCAGUGCUUCCAGGUCAAGAGAAUGGGCUCAUCACGGCGCCCCCAUGUUUGCCGACCUCUCGGUUCGAGAGAUGAAAGCCGUGCGGGCCUACUUGCACGGCAUUCCUGAAAUGAGGCUCACUGAGGCGCGGGGCAAGUCGCUGAAGAAGAACAGCAUCCUGCUGAUGGAGCUCCAUCUGCCAAAGAAGCACGAGGCCCUGAAGGCCCUCGACCACGGACACGCCAAACCCCCCCGCCAAGCCCGUGUGAUCGUUCAGUUCGGAAACCAGAGCCAACCCAACAUCACUGAGUACAUCGUGAGUCCUCUACCAACACCAAACUCACACGUGGUGAAGACUUUCAAAGGCAACAGGCCAGUGCGGUUUGAAUCGAGACCGAUCACUAAUGUUGAGUACGGCCAUAUUGAAGCCAUGCUUGAGAAAAUUGCGGCCAAAGCUCAAAAGCUCCUGUUUGAGACAACAGGAGGGUUUUCUUACACAAACUGCUCAGAUCGCUGCUUGACCUUUUCAGACAUUGCCCCUCGUGGGUUGGCUCCAGGUGAAAGAAGAACCUGGAUCAUGUUGCAAAAGUUUGUGGAGGGUUAUUUCAUUCAUCCGGUUGGUUUUGAAGUUCUGAUCAACCAUCAGGAUCUGGAUCCGGAGAGAUGGACUGUAGAAAAGGUCUGGUACAACAGCAUGUAUUUUGACAGUGUUGAGGAACUGGUUAAAAAGUAUGAAUCUGGGGAAGUAGAGAAGAUUAAACUCCCCAAACAUGAUGACAGCGAUCUUUACUCCACCUACAUACCUCGUGGUCAAAGCAACACCCCCACAAAUAUCCAUGGCCCAAAGCUGGUCGAGCCCCAGGGUCACCGCUACCACACUGACCACAACUUCGUUGAAUAUGCUGGAUGGUCGUUUGCUUACAGAGUUCGCUCAUCUGCUGGACUCCAAAUUUUUGAUCUCCGUUUUAACGGGGAGAGGAUAGCCUAUGAGAUCAGCCUCCAAGAGGCCAUUGCCUUCUACGCCGGCGACACUCCUGCGGCCAUGCAAACGAAGUACAUUGAUGCAGGCUGGGCCAUGGGCACCUCCACCUACGAACUGGCUCCUGGGAUCGACUGCCCAGAAAUCGCCACUUUUGUCGACCUCUAUCACUACUUCGAUACAGACAAACCCAUCCUCCACAAAAACGCUCUGUGUAUUUUCGAGAUGACCCUCGCCAUGCCUCUGAGGAGACACUUUAACUCCGAUUUCCAAGGAGGAUACAACUUUUACGGAGGCCUGGAUAACACCGUGCUGGUGGUGAGGACGACGUCCACGGUGUACAACUAUGACUAUAUCUGGGACAUUCUUUUCUACCUCAACGGGGUGGUGGAAGUUAAGAUGAGCGCCUCCGGAUACAUCCACGCCACUUUUUUCACACCUAACGGACUUCACUAUGGCGCCAAGGUCUACGACUAUGUUCUGGGCAACCUGCACACACACCUCAUCCAUUACAAGGUGGAUCUGGACAUUGCUGGUCAGAAGAACAGUUUUGAGACUCUGAAUCUCAAAUAUGUCAACUUCACCAACCCGUGGAGCCCAAAGAACUUCAUCGUCCAGUCCAAGCUGCACAAGACUGAGCACAAGACGGAGCGAUCCGCUGCCUUCCGCUUUGGCAAACAGUUCCCCCGUUAUUUACACUUCUACAACCCCAAUGAGAAGAACAAAUGGGGCCAUCAAAGGGGUUACCGGAUUCAGUUCAACUCGCAUGCGCAUAGUGUCCUUCCAAAAGACUGGCAGGAGGAAAAAGGCAUCAGCUGGUCGAGGUAUCCGCUUGCUGUAACUCGUCAUAAAGACAGUGAAGCCUCCAGCAGCAGCAUUUACACCCAGAAUGACCCCUGGGAACCUGUUGUAUCUUUUGAGGACUACAUUCGCAACAAUGAGGACAUCGUCAAUCAGGACUUGGUCGCUUGGGUGACUGUCGGUUUCCUGCAUGUGCCUCAUUCAGAAGACAUCCCCAACACGGCGACGCCCGGCAACGCCGUGGGCUUCUUCCUGCGGCCCUUCAACUUCUUUGACGAAGACCCGUCUCUGUCCUCCAAGAGCACGGUCAUCGUCCGUCCAGGCAGAGCUGGCAAGCCCAAGGUGCAGAGAUGGACCCCCGAGGUCGUGGGCCAUUGUGUGACUGACCAGCCUUUUGUUUACGAUGGGACUUACACGGGAGUCUAGAGCUGUUUUAUAACACACUAUAGCUGUUUAGUUUCAUCACACAAAUGAAGUCAUUUCUGGGAUCAAAACUGCUUUGAAAUAAUCAGAAAGAGCAGGGAGAUUAGGAGAUGGGCAUUCCGGUCUGUCUUAAUCCCAUGCUGGGUCUCCAUGGAGGAGGUUUAGCCCCCUGAAGCAUCCAGGAUACCCCGCUCUCCGCAUCCGGCCUGUUUGCUGUCAGAUGCGUCUUCUCUGCCUGCCCCCAUGCCGGGGCUUUUCGGGCCGCAGCCACGCCAGGCCUUAAAAAGCAAACAGCAAGAUGCCGGAUCCUUUCAGACAAACAUUUCGUCACGCCACCCACCCGGGAAUUUUUAGGAAAUCUAACCGGCAAAGUACGGAGAAUGCAUGUAAACGUGUGUUUAAUGUCAGUUCAUAAUAAAUGAGGCUGUUUUGAUCAUU